GCAAACUCUAGUUUUAUUUCCGUCAUGGACUGUGGACAGAAUAGGCCCGAGAGCAUCAAGCUCUGCUAGAAUGGUGUUGAUCGACAAUGCUGCGUUUUGAUUUUCAGGUACAACAUUAGCAUUGUGUUGCUUUAUUAUGCAAAAUGCUCCGACGGCCUGAUCCUUUUAUCCCAUUGUGAUGUCCCAUUGUUACCAAUACUAUACUGAAACAAUCUAGUUGCACAAGUAGACUUGACUGACUCGGAUGUUAUCUGUGACUUGUUAAACAUUUGAUCUCAUUCACAAGCUGAUUUAUCCCAUCCAACUAUAAUGAGCCAACCCAACACUUCAGAUCAUCAGCAACAUCCCAAAACCGUGGUUGUCGGUUCUCUAGAAGGUCCUUCCAAUGAGCGCAUCAAAAGACCCAUGAAUGCCUUCAUGGUUUGGUCUAGAAUCCAAAGGAGGAAAAUAUCUUUGGAGAACCCCAAGCUACACAACUCCGAAAUCUCCAAACAUCUAGGUUUUGAGUGGAAGUUUUUGACCGAGGACAAAAAGCGGCCUUUUAUAGAUGAGGCCAAACGACUGCGUGCACAACAUUUGAAAGAUCACCCCAAUUACAAAUACAAGCCUCGUCGCCGUCCCAAGGUCUCUUUUCAUCCUUCCAAUGUUGAGCCUCGAAUAAGUCAAUCCCAAUUGAGGGUCCUGAACCCCAGCACAAGCUUCACGGCCAGAUCAACGUCCAUUUCGGAGCCUAAACUCCGUUUCACGAUGACCUUUCCGAAUCUAGAACCCAAGUGUGGAGCCGAUACAACGGUUUCAUCCCUGCCCAGUUACCCCCAUCAAACAUCAUUGGGGAUCACAUAUCACGGCACCUCGGCCUUGAUGCAAUCGUUAGGCCCGAAUUCAGGCCCCUCAACAACACCUUCGUUGCCGGACUUUUCUUAUUUUUACGACCGACCCCCGGGGGACCUUUUUCCAUCACAAAUGGGCUUUCUUCAAGGACAAGUUUGCCGUGGACAGAUUUAGGUGUGGGCGAACGGACUGAAUUUCCCAAACCUGUCACAUUCUUGUACCAACCCUUGUGAGGGUGUUGCUUUGGUUCUACACUUUUGACUUGCUUAAAUGAAUGAGUAGAAAAUAUGAAAAGUUAUUUUUGAA